AUGAGUGUUCUUUUAAAGUUUUUUACCCACCCUUUAGUUCUCGCACCGUUAGGCAUAAGUGGUGUUGGCAUUGGAUUUGGUUAUGUUCGAAAUAAACGGGACACAAAACAUUACGAUUUGGAUGAGCAAGACGACAAAACUUAUAUUGUUACAGGGGCUACUUCGGGUAUUGGAAAGCAAAUAACGAGAAGAUUGGCACUUAAAAAUGCAACUGUAAUUAUGGCUUGCAGGAACAAAAAUAAAUGUUUGGAGGUCAGAAGAGAAAUUGUUUUACAAACACGCAACAAAAAAGUAUUUUGUAGGCUUUGUGAUUUGUCAGAUCCUGAAAGUAUUCACAAUUUUGCCUAUAAACUCACAAAAGACGAAACCAACAGCUUUGAAAAAAUUGAUGGAAUAAUUUUAAAUGCUGCAACAAAAGUGAAAAAAUAUCAAACAAAUAAACAAGGAAUUGAGACAAAUUUGGCAACAAAUCAUUUUGGGAAUUUUUUACUUGUCGGGCUUUUAUUACAAAAGUUGUUAAAUCAAGAUACUGCUUCAAAAAUUGUUUUUGUUAAUACAAAUAUUGCAGCUAAGGAUGGUCUAAUUUUGAAUCUGUUUGGCCUAAAUGAUGCCAAAUUUGUCAAAAAAUUGACUAGCACUUGUGAAAUUGUUGACCCAGAUAAAGGAAAAUAUGAUAUGCAUGCUGCUUAUAAAUACUCAAAAUUAGUGGAUCUCUUAUUUGCUAGAGAAUUGGCAGAAAGAUUGAAAGAUACACAUGUUCGGGUUGUUGUUGCUGAUCCAGGCGGCACAAAAACAGAUUUAAACAAGGAUGAACCUUCACAGAAAUUUUUCUUAACUCGUUGGACUAGUAAUUUUCUUGGAUAUACGGCUGGAAACAGAAGAUCGGUUAACAAAGCAAUAUAUCCAAUUUUAUAUGCUUUGGGAGAGGAAGGAGUUAAAAAUGGGACCUUUAUCAGUCCUCGACAAGUACCUCGUGAAUGGGGAGAAAAUGCUGAAAAUGUUCAACUUCGUCAAAAAGUUUGGUUAAUGAGUGAACAAUGGACUAAAUUAGCUGAUUAUAUGGGAAGAAUGGAAGAGGGACUUGAAAAGCCUGGUUAUUUUUCCAAGGAUUCUCAUGGAGAUGAUGAGGGGGAGAAGAAGAAAACAAGACAGAGGUCGGCAAAGUAUCUUUGGUUGGCUUGA